AUGACUUUGUCCGUUUCUUCUAAAACACUGUUCCUUCAUCUCUUGAUCUGGUGUUCCACUCUCAUAUGUCUCUCUUCAGGAUUCCCCACUGAAGAAUCCGUUCUCCCUUCAAAAGGAGAACAAGAGUUUGGAAUAUUCCGACAAUGGAUGAAGGAGCAUGGGAAAAAAUACCCAAACUCUGAAACCACAGAAACCAGGUACCAGAUAUUCCGAAAGAAUCUCAAGUAUAUCACAGAGACAAAUGCCAAGAGAUCUGGGUAUCGUUUGGGACUCAACCUUUUUGCUGAUAUGAGUUCUGAGGAGUUUAAGAGAGCAUACCUCCGUCAUCUACCGACACCGACCACCAACGACUCUGCUGCCGCAGCCGCCGCUGCCACGAGGUCCGACUUUGUACUGCAACUGGACUCCUGUACACCACCUGCUUCUGUGGAUGGGAGACAGAAAGGAGUGGUGACUCCAGUUAAAAACCGAAAGAGAUGUGGAAGUUGCUGGGCAUUUGGAACCGUUGGAGCUAUUGAAUCAAUAAAUGCAAUAAGCACAGGAAAACUUGUUUCCCUUUCAGAACAAGAACUCGUAGAUUGUGACUCUGCAAGCGUUGGUUGUUCAGGUGGAUAUACCGAAAGUGCCUUUGAAUGGGUCAUAAAAAAUGGGGGCAUUAGUGAAGAAGCUAAUUAUCCUUAUACAGCUCGAGAUGGUGUUUGCAAAGCUAAGAAAAAUGGAGGAAGAGUCGUGAAAAUUAAUAGCUAUGCAAAAGUACCCAAAUCAGAUGCUGCUCUUUUAUGUGCCACUGCUAGGCAGCCAAUUACCGUGGCGUUCGAUGCAAAUUAUCUUCAAUUCUACGAGGAUGGAAUUUUCGAUGGAGGGAAUUGUAAGAGGCGUUCAACUUAUGCAAACCACGCGGUUUUGAUUGUUGGAUAUGGUUCAAAAGAUGGAAAAGAUUAUUGGAUUGUGAAGAAUUCCUGGGGAGGAGACUGGGGAAAGAAUGGAUACUUCCUGAUAGAGAGGAAUAAAAAUUGGCCAAAUGGGGUGUGUGCUAUUAAUUCCUGGGCUUCCUUUCCCACCAUGUAG